GCCCCCUCCGGAGUUGCUAGAAGCAACAGGAAGCGACAACCCCAAAACUAUUGUAGGCAGGCAGAAAGAGAAAAAAACAGAGGAGGCCAAAAUCAGACCGGAUAAAAUUCCUCCUCCUUUCAUCGGAUCCCAAACUAGUCUGAUAAAAACCUUCAGGCGGGAUCCCGACCUGCCCUCCCUGACCCGGUUCUGGGGAGAAAAGACGUGGCAGAUUCAUGAGCAUGUCCUCCUGAUAAAGCUACAGAAAGCCUCACCUCACCUGCUGCUCAGAGGACACAGACGAGGUAAGAAACGCCUGUAACGUGAGUUACAUGAAGCUGACUGUAAUUCAUGCGCGUUACACUAAAGCAGCUACAUGCAAUGUGGUGCCAGAUGUGGACAUAAAAAGUUAGCAGGCGGUGAUUCGCCCUAUCUUAUCUUGGCUCUACUUUUCCCCUCCGCGCUCCUUCGUGUUAGUAUUUGAAGUUAGAAAGUUGUUUUGCUGUUUUUGAGACGUUUUCAUUGACUAAGGAGAGCUAUGGAGGAGCACCACGUGUCACAAAGGGAGGGCUUGCCUUUCCGUCUGUCCUGGCCUGUUUCUCUGUCUGCCUCCGCCCACCGCCGCCACGAUGUCCGGUUACAUCUGCACUGAUGAAGAAAUGGAUCACAUAAGGGAAAGAAAUGUGACUUUAACCCUUUGAGUUAACUAGCAGUGACAGGGGAUCCACAAGUAGGUCAAAGUAAUGACCUCUUUGGGGUUGAGACAUGAGAAACAUCCAGGUGUUGAGCAACAAAAAGAAAAAAAUCUUUCCUACCCAUCUGGUUUGCUGUUGUGAGCAAACCUGAAACAACAAGGCAACAAUUUCACACCUAGUAGGCCUAAGACCAGAGGAAAGACCACAUCAAGUCUUACCAUUAAUUUUGAAACUGAUCUGUCUGUGGCAGAUUGGUUUUAUUAUAAACUCAGAAGUAUUUCAUGUCAGGAGAGUGGGCUGAGAUCUCCUUCCGGGAGUUACAUGUUGCCAAAUGAUCAUUAUAAGCAUCAUCUCUAUUAGGCUUAACAAGAUUUUAACUCAGGACUCAAUACCAUCCCUUUACACAGGCCUCUCUCUGCCUAUUUAGUGUUAUCUGUAAGUCUGUAAGAAACUUGGUGCAUUUUUGUGGUUGUUCUGCCUCCCACAGCCUGUUGACACACUGUUGGGCUUUCCAGUGGAAAGUUGCGCUCUUUUUUUUUCCCCCAAGCAACAUUACUCUAAAUUUGUUUGUUUUUAAAAAUCAGAUUAUGUUAAAAGCAUCAGGGAAACGUCCAUCAAAAUAACAAGAAUCAGUGAAGAAUUAUUGGUAAUCCUAAUUGUUAAUUUUUAGUUCUACUUUGCAGGAUAUACAUUAAGUUGCAGUCUUUUACUGCUAUGAUUUGUGAACUUUAUCAAAUCAAAUUUUCAUUGUAUUUAUAUAGCGCCAAUUCACAACAGUUGUCAUCCCAAGACGCUUUUCAAAGAACAAGAGCAGGUCUAGACUACGCUUAUUGUUGAAUGAAUUAUCAAGACCCAACCUAAGAUGGGAAUUGGCCCAUCUCAUCUAACAUGAGUGACAGUGUCAAGGAAAAACCUCCUUCUAACAGGCAGAAACCUUGAGUAGGACUAGACUCAUGUUAGACAGCCACCGAGCCGCUGCUGGGUUAGGGAGAAAUACAGAGAGAGGGCAGGGGGAGAGAAAGAGUAGCCUGGCUGGGCCAUCCUGUUGCAUGAAUCACUUGCCGUUCCUUCCCAAUGGCAAGUGAUUCACGCAACAGGAUGGCCCAACCAGGCUAGAGAAGGAGAACAAGCUAGAGGGAAGAAAAGGGAGAAAGAGUAAGGGAGAGGGAGGGAGAGAGAAUAGAGAAUGAGGGUGAGAGAGAGAGACAGGGGACAGCAGCAACAUUAAAACAACAGCAACAACAACAACAACAGCUCCUACAGAGUAGUGGUUGCAGAGCAGGUAAUGAUGAAACAAUAUGAAUUCAGUCUACAGGAUUAGGAUAUAAGUAAUUUUGGACUAUGAUGAAUUAAUAUAAUGUGAUUACAGUCAGCAGGUCUAAUAGUAGUUAACGCUAGUUUUAUGUUAUUAUACAUAUUUUAACAUAACACUGCAGCUACCAUGACAAUGGUAUCAAAAAAACUUCAGAUGCCUAAUGUAUCCCAAUUAAUUUAAAACCAUUCACUGUGUUAGAAUUAAUAUGUUAAUCAGAAAAGCACAAAUAUUGCAUUGAGGGAAACAUUUUUUAUGUCCAUGCAUGUUAUUUUAGAGAAAACACUAUACAUGUACACUAUACACUAUACAUGUAUGACUGUACAUAAUCUGAGACCACGCAUGGGAAAGAUUUUUAAAUAGAGUUAGAUUUGAGUUCAUGACUUAAAUGCAAGUUUUUUACAAAAAGACAAAUUUUUGUGUCUUCAGGUCAGAGUAUUUUUGAUGAUUAAAAUGAUUUUGAAAUAGUUAGGAUGCAUUAAACAAUCACCUGAAGUUUUUUUUAUUUAUAUGUUCUUGUGUUUUUUUUUUUUCUUGCACAUUUUCAGGAUCUCAGUUUUGUCUGCAGACACUGAUGCAACUUUCUUUGUGAAACAGGAACAAAUGUGUUGUGUCCGACAAGAAUUAUGCAACAUUAUUCUUCUUAUUUUCAAAAACUUUUGACCACUUCAACAUUAGCGGUUUUGGCUGUGAAGACUCAAACCCUGGAACACGCUCAAAUUUGUCAUCAAGCAGGUGAUAGAAAAUAACAUUUUAAAGCAUAUGCAAUAAAAUUCAGUUCUGAGUUAAUCAUCUUGCCCCUGUGAGGAAGGGCAUGGUCCUUUAAGUCCUGUCCUUGGAAUAAAGAAAACUAAUGUCCUGAAGUGUACUCUGAUCCUGUGAACCAUGCUGAAAACCCCUGAGGGCAGCAGAGACGAGAGGAAGCAUAUCUGACAUAAAGUGUGAGGUAUGAAAAUGAGAGGUUUUAAUGUUCAAUUGGGUAUAAGUACGGAUGAAGAUGAACAUGUGUGGGCAGGAGAUAAAAGAAAUUGAUUACAGGUUGACUGUAACAAAGAGUUAGCUGAUGCUCUGGUUGUGUGUCUGCUGCCUCGUACAUGACAGAAUGGAUGGAUGGAGCUGGUACAGAGGCCAGAGGAAAGCUGUCUGGGUUGUGCAGGUAUGGGGGUGCUUUGACCUGUGUGGCCAGAGUUGCUGCCAAAAGUCUUGUGUUACGUGUAUUUGCUUUGAAAUGGUGUCUCGUUCAUUGAGUCAUUUGAAUUCUCUCUUGAGGUCAGGUACUUUGUCCUGUUGUUUGUAGGUUAUAAAACAUUUUGGCAAAUAAGAACGACAAAUGAGGAAGACAUCUACUCUUCCAUUGGUAGGCGGAUAGAUGUCUGCAAGGCUGCUGAGGUAACGGCACCGUUGUUACAUUUUCUACAGAAAUAUUCACAAUCAAUGAUGAGUUUAAUUGUCAAAAGUAAGAAUAACGACAUUUCUGUCAGAAGUUUAAAACUCCUGAGAAGAACUUUAAGUUUGAGACAAUUUUGGCUUUCCCUGUGGAAAAGAGGUUACCCUUGUGUUUGCUGUGGGUUUCGUUUUGUCCUUGUGAAAGUGGCGUUCAUUGAAAAAACAGAACACAACCUCUAACAUCCGUUUCAGACAUGUAAAAUUAGGAUAUGAAACUUGUCAAUCUUGUAGCUGAUGGUCUUAUUUGCUUUCGAGUAUCAUAGAGAAACAUCAAUAUCAGUUUCAGUUUGUUUUACAAACAUGAAAAAACUUCUCACAAGAGCUUUAAAUGCAGACUGUAGAAAGAGGAGAUGCAAGACCCCCCUUACCUCUGAAACAUGACGGGGCAUUUAAAAGUCAAAGAGUAAGAAUUUAGACCAUAAUAGAGCUCAAGAAGGGCUAUUAUUAGACUAAAAAUCCACCCAAAAUGCAAGAAAAAAUCCUUUCUGUGUUUACUGAGUUUCAAGAUGUCCACCUGCCUCAUAGAGUGUAGCUGUACCUGUGAGCUUUGAAAGUUGAGCACCCCAUGAUAACCGACCACUUUUCUUUGACCUUAAUUAACACGUCAUUGAUAUAGCAUUAAAGGUGGUUCAGACAAUAGAUACAAUCAUAACACUAGAUGCCUCAUGACCCUACCCAGAAUGUGCCAAGACCACCACCAUCUUGGAGUGGUACUUGUCAACGGUUUUGUAGUCAGUUGAAAUGUUGGAAGCCUGCGGUUUACCUGACAACAGCAUUUGUUUAAAUUCAACACCAUGCUUGACAGCAGACACCGGUACCGCUCCAAGAUGUUGCGGUCUUCACGUAUGCACUGCCGUUGUCAUAUAUGGGUCCUCCUGAGGCAUCUAGUGUUAUGAUAGGAAUAGGAAUUACUUCAUCGAUCCCAAAGGAAAAUUCAAUUGUCUGUCGUCUCAUUUGUCAUGUCUCAAAAGUCAUCUACGAUUCAUAAAAGAGCGGUUAAGUCUGAUGGCUGUUGGUACAAAAGAUCUGAAUCUUUCUGUCCUGCAGCGAAGAGAGAGGAGACGUCCACCACCAUUGGCCCUUUGGUCCAUCAAGGUGUUACGAAGUGGGUGAUCCAUGUUCUUUAGAAUAGUCUCCACCUUCCUUAAUGUACAUCUCUCCACCACAUCCUCCAACUUGAUUCCAACCACAAAGCCAGCUUUUUUCACCAGUUUGUUCAGACGUCUUGCAUCUUUGUGUUUGAUACUUCCUCCCCAGCACACUGCAACAGAACACGUGCCACCACAGACUGAUAAAACAUCUACAGCAUCUUACAACAGAUAUCUAUUGGGUAUUAGAUAUUUAGGGCCCGAGCGUAGCUGCUAAGCAGCUGCGAGAGCCCUAUUAUUCCUGAUGGAUUCUUCUUUAGGGCCCGAGCGUAGCUGCUAAGCAGCUGCGAGAGCCCUCUUGUUCCUGAUGGAUUCUUCUUUUGUUAUUAUUAUUAUUUUUCCUCCGCUUUAAACUGGAAAAUGGCCCACUUCCCACUGGCGAAAACUCAUGAAAUUUGGCAGGACGACCGGGCCUGGUGAAAAAUUCGAUAUUCUGAAGUCGCCCAAACAAGAAAAUGCAAAAUGGCUCCAUAGCGCCCCCUAAGGUGAAAAUUCACACUAUUGACUGUCACGCCUGUACGCUUUGUCAUAUUGACACAAAAAUUGACACACACAUGUAUCUCAAUAAGAUCUACAAAAAAGUCAGUGCGGGCGUAUCUGUCAAAUGUACGGUUAAAGGGUUAUUUUGCAAUUUUUGCAGAUCCGCACACAUUGGAAUUUCGCUAACUCCUCCGAAGGCUUUCGUUCCACCGGCACCACAUUUGCUCAGGCCAAUCUACACUCCAUGGCCAUUCAAAGUUGUACAAAUCAUAAUGCUGCACCCCAUGGUUUAGGUUCUAGGGGGCGCCAAAAAUAACCCAAAAAUCCACAUUCUUAAAAGUUUUAUAAAUUUUUUUUUUUGUCCUCACUGGCCUCCAAGUUUUCUAGGAUGAUGCAAUGUCCAGCCAUCAACACAUUUGUGAAGGAAUUUUUACUCCCCAAAAGAGCGCCCCCCCAUGGCAGGAAUAAAAAGUCAAUUUUUUCUUGUCCCCUAAGGUGAAAAUACACAUUGUUGAGUGUCACGCCUGUACGCUUUGUCGUAUUGACAAAAAAUUUGACACACACGUGUAUCUCAAUAAGAUCUACGAAAAAGUCAAUGGGCGCGUAUCUGUAAAAUGUACGGCUAAAGGGCUAUUUUGCAUUUUUUGCCGAUUCGCACACAUUGGAAUGUGGCUAACUCCUCCUAAGGCUUUCGUCCCACUGACACCAAAUUUGCUCAGGCCAAUCUACACCCCAUGGCCAUUCAAAGUUGUAAAAAUCAUGCCGCUGCACCCCAUGGUUUACGUUCUAGGGGGCGCCAAAGAUGACCCAAAUAUCCACAUUCUUAAAAGUCGUUUUGGCCACUGCAGGAGUACAGAGUACUGCAGGAUACACACACACAGACACACACACACACAGACACACACACACACACACACACACACACACACUCAGAGUCUGUUUUUUAGCACCUGCAAAAACAUGCUAUUUACAUAUUUGACAACAAUGCAGAGGCUUCCUUUUGCCCCUGAAAAAAAUCAAAUUUCUAACACAACUUGACUGCUCAUUUCUCCAAAAGACAACCAUGAAGCUCCAUCCAAACCUGAAGCAGGCAGUUGGUGCAUGUGUACAGUAACCUGAGGGGAGUGAGGUGACUGCUUCUGAGGAGAACAUGAGCAGUGAAGAUUCACCUUGGAGCGAGAACAGGGACGUGCACAUGAUUAUACGGGGGCAGGGGCUCAAGUUUUUUCCAGUCGUUUAUACAAUAUGGAAAUUAAUGUGAAAUUAAAAAACAAAGUAUUAAUAGAAAGGUAAUGACUGUCCUGUGUAGGUGACAGUGAUAUCCAAUAGGCUAGGCACUCACAAGGCUGGCUGUGGCAAGUGUAAGUGAAAGCAACACGCACUGGCAGGAAGAACAGCAAACGCCGAUGAAGGAAAAGGGUCUUUGCAGUGAUGGGCGUUACCAGAGAGGACGAUGGCCAGAGGACGCGAAUGGGACGGGGAGGCAGCGCGUUGGGGGGGGCGACACAGCUCGGGCCCGCCAGUGCCCCAACGGGGCCCUAGUUCUUCUUCUUCUUCUUAUUAUUUUUCUGCCCCUUUGAACUGGAAAAUGGCCCACUUCCCACUGGUGAAAAGUCAUGAAAUUUGGCAGGACGACCGGGCCUGGUGAAAAAUUCGAUAUUCUGAAGUCGCCCAAAAAAUCAAAUGCAAAAUGGCUCCAUAGCGCCCCCUAAGGUGAAAAAUUCACAUGAUUGAGUGUCACGCCUGUACGCUUUGUCAAAAUGACACAAAAUUUGACACACACGUGUAUCUCAAUAAGAUCUACAAAAAAGUCAGUGCGGGCGUAUCUGUCAAAUGUACGGUUAAAGGGCUAUUUCGCAUUUUUUGCCGAUCCGCACACAUUGGAAUUUCGCUAACUCCUCCGAAGGCUUUCGUUCCACCGGCACCAAAUUUGCUCAGGCCAAUCUACACCCCAUGGCCAUUAAAAGUUGUACAAAUCAUGACGCUGCAUCCCACGGUUUACGUUCUAGGGGGCGCCAAAGAUAACCCAGAAAUCCACAUUCUUAAAAGUCGUAUAACUUUUUAUUUUUGUCCUCACUGGCCUCCAAGUUUUCUAGGAUGAUGCAAUGUCCAGCCAUCAACACAUUUGUGAAGGAAUUUUUACUCCCCAAAAGAGCGCCCCCCCAUGGCAGGAGAAAAAAGUCCAUUUUUUCUUGUCUCCUAAGGCGAAAAUUCACACUAUUGACUGUCACGCCUUUACGCUUUGUCAUAUUGACACAAAAAUUGACACACACAUGUAUCUCAAUAAGAUCUACAAAAAAGUCAGUGCGGGCGUAUCUGUCAAAUGUACGGUGAAAGGGCUAUUUCGCAUUUUUUGCCGAUCCGCACACAUUGGAAUUUCGCUAACUCCUCCGAAGGCUUUCGUUCCAAAGGCACCACAUUUGCUGAGGCCAAUCUACACCCCAUGGCCAUUAAAAGUUGUACAAAUCAUGACGCUGCACCCCACGGUUUACGUUCUAGGGGGCGCCAAAGAUAACCCAAAAAUCCACAUUCUUAAAAGUCUUAUAACUUUUUAUUUUUGUCCUCACUGGCCUCCAAGUUCUCUAGGAUGAUGCAAUGUCCAGCCAUCAACACAUUUGUGAAGGAAUUUUUACUCCCCAAAAGAGCGCCCCCCCCAUGGCAGGAGAAAAAAGUCCAUUUUUUCUUGUCUCCUAAGGCGAAAAUACACAUUGUUGACUGUCACGCCUUUACGCUUUGUCAAAAUGACACAAAAUUUGACACACACAUGUAUCUCAAUAAGAUCUACAAAAAAGUCAGUGCGGGCGUAUCUGUCAAAUGUACGGUUAAAGGGUUAUUUCGCAUUUUUUGCCGAUCCGCACACAUUGGAAUUUCGCUAACUCCUCCUAAAUCUUUUGUCCCAUCGGCUUCAAAUUUGCUCAGGUCAAUCUACACCCCAUGGCCAUUCAAAGUUGUACAAAUCAUGACGCUGCACCCCACAGUUUACGUUCUAGGGGGCGCCAAAGAUAACCCAAAAAUCCACAUUUUUAAAAGUCUUAUAACUUUUUAUUUUUGUCCUCACUGGCCUCCAAGUUUUCUAGGAUGAUGCAAUGUCCAGCCAUCAACACAUUUGUGAAGGAAUUUUUACUCCCCAAAAGAGCGCCCCCCAUGGCAGGAGAAAAAAGUCCAUUUUUUCUUGUCUCCUAAGGCGAAAAUUCACACUAUUGACUGUCACGCCUUUACGCUUUGUCAUAUUGACACAAAAAUUGACACACACAUGUAUCUCAAUAAGAUCUACAAAAAAGUCAGUGCGGGCGUAUCUGUCAAAUGUACGGUGAAAGGGCUAUUUCGCAUUUUUUGCCGAUCCGCACACAUUGGAAUUUCGCUAACUCCUCCGAAGGCUUUCGUUCCAAAGGCACCACAUUUGCUGAGGCCAAUCUACACCCCAUGGCCAUUAAAAGUUGUACAAAUCAUGACGCUGCACCCCACGGUUUACGUUCUAGGGGGCGCCAAAGAUAACCCAAAAAUCCACAUUCUUAAAAGUCUUAUAACUUUUUAUUUUUGUCCUCACUGGCCUCCAAGUUCUCUAGGAUGAUGCAAUGUCCAGCCAUCAACACAUUUGUGAAGGAAUUUUUACUCCCCAAAAGAGCGCCCCCCAUGGCAGGAGAAAAAAGUCCAUUUUUUCUUGUCUCCUAAGGCGAAAAUACACAUUGUUGACUGUCACGCCUUUACGCUUUGUCAAAAUGACACAAAAUUUGACACACACAUGUAUCUCAAUAAGAUCUACAAAAAAGUCAGUGCGGGCGUAUCUGUCAAAUGUACGGUUAAAGGGUUAUUUCGCAUUUUUUGCCGAUCCGCACACAUUGGAAUUUCGCUAACUCCUCCUAAAUCUUUUGUCCCAUCGGCUUCAAAUUUGCUCAGGUCAAUCUACACCCCAUGGCCAUUCAAAGUUGUACAAAUCAUGACGCUGCACCCCACAGUUUACGUUCUAGGGGGCGCCAAAGAUAACCCAAAAAUCCACAUUUUUAAAAGUCUUAUAACUUUUUAUUUUUGUCCUCACUGGCCUCCAAGUUUUCUAGGAUGAUGCAAUGUCCAGCCAUCAACACAUUUGUGAAGGAAUUUUUUCUCCCCAAAAGAGCGCCCCCCCAUGGCAGGAGAAAAAGUCAAGUUUUUCCUGCCCAUCGCUCAAUGGCUCAAACGCAUCGCUCUCUCUGCAAAACCGAAAGGAGGAGCAACUUGCCAUUUGGAUAUAUACUAGCUGUGUUUGUGCCCUCACUCAUGGUCCAGACUUUUUUCAAAUAGGACAUGUAGUUUGUCUGCAGCGAGCGUUUUGGUAGAAACUGCGCCUCCCAUUCAUUAUAAUGGGAAAUGACCACAGACAAGUGCGCACACCAUCUUUGGACCUUGAGUGUGACGCGAUCGGGAGGGGGAGGCGGUCACGCUGGGGGCGGCGCGACGCGGCUCGGGCCCGACAGUGCCCCACCGGGGCCCUAGUAUCUAUUAGAUGUCUAUCUAUGGUUUAGACAUCCUGUUUAUGCAGUCUGUUUAUUGUUUGGGCAUGUACCUCACUGAGAUAGAAAUCCCCUUACAGAUAUUUCAUCCUUUAAAUAGAUUUUUGUUAAACGCCUGUAAAGUCUUAUCUAAAUAAAAUGGUUAACUGCCCUCUCAGUACAUCCUUUCUUAUAUAGAGAGCACACUCCUUGAGGCUGAAACAAUAUUCUUUUUUUUUAUUGUUACUGUAUUGAGGAUUUUUCAGAGGGAUUUUAUGAUCACAACAAACAUUUAACAAGUAUUAAAAACAUCUACUUAAGAAUAACUAGCUAUACGAAGAACCCACACAACAAAUAAGUAAACAUGAAACAGAAAAAUCACUAUAAAAAGAGGAUUAACCAAAUAAGAACUAUAAUAAAUCAAAUGAAAAGGGGAAAAGAAGUGGUCUGAAGGGGGUAUAUAUAUCAGCCUUCAUUGUCUUAACAGUUAUUUUUUUAAUUUUAUACUUUGAGCUCACUCUGCUGUUUAGCCUGUGUGGCAGGUUUUUGAUGCAUAGAGGCCAUGUUAUAUUAUUAAUAACAGCAGUACUUAAAUUCUGCAUAAUGGUUUGUUUUGGAAACAGACAGCUAUAAAAUGGAAUUACCAAAGUAGAGAAACAGCUGGAAUAGCUUGUCUUUGUGAAACAUGAAUUACGUGACAUUCUCCUACUUGUAAGGAGAUAUGGGUCAGUGGCUCACUGAUUUAUAGAUCACCACCACGCUGAUGUAAGUGUCCACUAAAUGAACUCUACUUCACACUCCAGCACUCCUCCUUUACUCACCUUCUCCCCUGAGUAUGCAGUUGAAAACUAUCAAGAGAGAAUUUUUUGCUGACAGCCCUACCCAAAAGUUAGGGCCAGAUCUGGAUGUGAUAUUAGAAUUCAACAUAUUUUAAGUAAUUUACAGAGCUCAAGAGAAUGUCACAGAGUUGACUAUAAUGUAAGAACCCAUGACCACAUUCAUAUUAAACCAUAAGAGCUGUUGUGGAGAAGGAGAGUCAAACUGUUAAUUUGAGUGAAAGGGCUUGUAAUUUAAGUUUCUGAUGUUUGGUCUACUCAUGUGAUGCAGAUGUACAAAUUUGCAGGAUUUCCUCUCAGAUGUAUAAAAAAAAUUAACAGUCCUUUAAUGUUACUACAUGAGAAAUUUGGUGAAGACUUUCUCCUUUGGUGUACAGCCUUGAAAAAAGGUUAAUAUUCAAGUGUUUUCUUCUAAUACCUCAACAUCUUUUUCAUAAACUGCCAUGGAGUUUUGUAUCCCUUUGGUCAACCUCUGACUUGCCAUCUCCUUAAAUCUAUGCUAGCUCACAAAAUGCCCUUUUUAUUUUUACAUAAACUAAAGUAAAAAAAAACUUUUCUUACUUGCCUACAAGAAUAUUCUUACCAUUAAACUCAAAUUCAACCAAUUUCACAACUUGUACUUUCUCUUUGUCUCUCAGUCUGUUGAAUCUCAGCCAUGGCCCAUGCCACCAGUCUUCAGUAUGAGCCCGUGGCAGAGAUAGGAGGAGGCGCUUAUGGAACGGUUUAUAAAGCCCGAGACAUCGAGAGCGGACAGUUUGUAGCUCUGAAGAGUGUUCGUGUCCAGACAGAUCAGAACGGCCUCCCUCUCUCUACGGUCAGGGAAGUGGCACUGCUGAGGAGACUGGAGCAGUUUGACCAUCCUAAUGUGGUCAGGUAAGACAGAUCAGUGAACUGUCUUUUUUUUUUUUAACUUAAGUUGUUUUUGUUUCACUGUGAACACUUCUCACAGAAUCCACUUUUCAUUGUACAUGACAGGUUAAUGGACGUAUGUGCCACCCAGAGGUCGGACCAGGAGACUAAAGUCACUCUGGUGUUUGAACAUGUGGACCAAGACCUCAAGACAUACCUAGAAAGAGCCCCCACUGCAGGGUUAUCCCCUGGACACAUAAAAGUGAGAACCAGCUAAAAUACUAUAUGAACUUCAGGCAUAUUUAUCUCUCUCUUCUUACUUCUGUUUUGGAGCAUGUGUUUUUGAAAUAUUCCGUUUUUGUGUGUCCUUUCAGGACCUGAUGAGGCAGUUGCUUUGUGGUCUCGCAUUCCUUCACUCUAACCGUGUGAUCCACCGAGACUUGAAACCAGAGAAUAUUCUGGUGACAAGCAAAGGCCAAGUGAAGCUGGCAGACUUUGGACUGGCCAGAAUCUACAGCUGCCACAUGGCGCUUACUCCUGUGGUAAGAAUUUACCUCAUUGUGCAUAGGCCUGUCUCAGUAUACCAGUGUGGACAAUGACAUGUUGAUAUUGUGCUGAAAAUAAGCAAUGAGCAUAUUGUAAUACGCUGAGGUUUUUACUGGUGUGUUGUCCUCUAUGCUGGUUGCAACAUUUCAUAAAACAGAGAGAGGAAAAAAAGAAGCUGGUUUUAGCAAGCAUGCAUGUAGCAGCCCUUUGAGAAAAGAUUAGACACUUAUAAAACAGAAAAAUAUUUAUUCAUAUAUUUACUGUUAAUCCAAAACCGAUGUUAGAGCUUUUGUCUCUGUCUAAUCAAGGGAAGGAUUAAGUUGCUCUGCCCUUGCCUUUCCUCAGUUUGACUGAUUGUGUUGCCAUAAUUUUGUUAUCUUGAUAUGUUAUGUCCAUGUUAUCAGGCAUCAUUCAGUAGAAAUGUUGCUAAAUUAUAUGAAUUUUUCUGCCAAGAAGUUAAAAAAUACAAGGACCACACCUCCUUUGUUAUUUUCCUGUAUAUGAUCAGUUAAUACCAUAGACUGUAUAAAGAAUGGACACUGUCUGCUUCCUCACUGGGUGAAGCCACUCCGAGAACAGCACCCUCUGUUGACGGGCUGCAGUAUAUACCGAGAGCUUUUUGGCUUCAAAUCCGUGUACAGGUGGUAGGCGGAACCAAGUCAUCCAUAGUAUAUACAGUCUAUGGUUAAUACAGGAUCAUAUUUAUAUUUGAUGCUCUCCUGUCCAGUAUCUCUUUUGAUAAGUUACAGAUUUUUAGGCACAUUUACACGUUUAUAUUGCUUUGACUUCCUCCAAUCAUGGAUGAAUGGACUCCAUGUUUACAUUUCUUAGGUGGUCACAUUGUGGUAUCGCCCCCCCGAGGUUCUGCUGCAGUCGAGUUAUGCCACUCCUGUGGAUAUGUGGAGCACCGGCUGUAUAUUUGCCGAAAUGUUCAGACGCAAGUAAGUCAGCAGAAAAAUAAGCACACAAACCCAGAUAAUCUUUGUUUUUAUUCCUUUUUCAAAUGUCUGUUAGGAAUUUCUGGGUCAUAUUUAACACAGUUUUAUGUUUGUGCUAGUGAUUGAACUUAGGUUUAGUGUUUUUAAUAUGAAAUGAUUUUUAAUUAAGCUGCCUUGUGUGUUGGAUCUUUUUAUCAUUUAGAAAUAGUGGAUUUUUUUCUCUUGCUUGAACAUAAUAAAGAGAGUUUGGAGUAAGACGGCCAAGGCCAAUGUUUAGCCUCUUGAUAGCUGUUGGUUUUGGUUACUAAGAAAUUUGAAUAUGGUCAGUGAAAGAUUGUUUCCUUGGUAAUUAUAUGUAUAAAAAAAAAGCCUUAUCCUCCUCUGUUGGUGUAAAAUCAGCAGUUACAUCUUAAAUUAAACACGAUCAGAUCUCUCUUAAAUCUAAACCGCAAUAAAUUCAGCAUAUUCCCUCAGUGUAACAAUAAAAGGUUCAUUAUUCUCAAGUGGAAAGCGAACAGUCUGCAGAUGUAGAGCCAAAUAUUGUUCACAUUAGUGUGUCUACUAAUAGUCUCUGCUAGCGAGAAUCAUAAAAUGUGAAUUUAAGACACCUUAUUCUGCUUGGACUGUUUUUUGAUUGAGCUGCCAGAUUGUAGUAAAGUCAAGCACCAUUACAGCUACAUACACACAGCAGCAUCUUCUAGUGGUAAAAAUGACUCAUUGCACGGACACAGUGGUGAGUUUCAUACUUCAGAGUGACUGUUUUGCUCAUUGUUAGAAGAGUUUGUUGUGAUGCUACACUGAAAUGUUAUGGUGAAGGAUUGAAAGCAGUGAAUCAUGAAUAAUUCACUGGUUGAUCUUUUAUAAGAAAGCUUGUAAAAACAGUAUAGUUAUUAACUAGACCUUUAUGACAAACUGCUGUCUGCUCAGGAGGUGGAUCAAGCUCCUGUUUGUUCUCCUGCUUCAGCAACAAGCUAAUAAAACAUGAUCUGUUUCAGUGUAUUAACUUUGACUCAAACCUUCUCUCUGGUAGACCUUUGUUCCGUGGAGAAUCAGAAGUGGACCAACUUGGGAAAAUUUUUGAGUGAGUAACAACCUUUAUCACCUUUAUCACCAGAUUCUGCUGAUUCACAUGAAAACUAUUUUGUUGAAAUGUUCCUUUAGAGUUAUCGGCUUGGCUCCAGAGGAGGAAUGGCCGACUGAUGUUACUCUCUCCAGAAAAAACUUCCCCCCUGUCUUACCUCAGCCGAUCACUGACUUUGUUCCAGAGAUAAAUGAGCAGGGGGCGAAGUUAUUGCAGGUAGGACUUUACUGAGAGUUCAGAAGAAAAGGUGGGAUCCAGCUCACCACAGUAUGAUUCAUUUUCAGUUGUUUAUAUUGUUGAAAUCAUGUUUUUCAACAGAUAUUUUCCCCAGACUUAAGAACUAUUCUUUACACUCAUAGUCUGCUGAUGGUCAACAAAAACCACAAAAAUGUCACUGUGCGUCAGUGUGAGACAUAAUCAUGACUGGUGUUGCUAAUACAGUUAUUUAAACAAGAAAACACUGUUAAAAAAAUGGUCAAAAUUAGUUAAUGGGACUAAAAAGACAUUGUACAUGCCUUAAAAUAGAUGAAAUGAAUUGAUUAGUUUGUUGCCCUGUCCUCCUUCCGUAGCUAUAUUAUGAAGUGUGAGAUAGAACAUGAAAAUAGAAUGUGCUGAAAUAAUCAAAUUAAAACUCUUGCAAGGAUUUUGAUUUGUUAUGAAAAGACUGAAAUUAAUCCAUAGGAACCUCAAAAGAAAACAAGACCAUCAGUGAUGGGAUCUGCUCUACUUCUAAUGCCAGACACUGCUGCAGAGCAGGUGUCUGGUGAAGUGAUUGACAGCACAGUGAAAAGACAGUCUUACUUUUUCAACAAUUCACACUGCAAACAUUCACAACAAAUGAAACAUUUGACUGUUAACAGACAAGGUAAGAUUUUCUUAAAUCCAAAACCAUACAUCAGCGAGAGCUUCAAGAACUGUUUUGUCAUUAAAGUGGCCAAACUAUCUCAGUGCAUGUCUGAAAUUUGUUCAAGUCAGGACACAUCCAGCAUUUGCAAACAUACAACAAAAAAUAAUAUCACGGUGAAAGAUCCAUAAAUCUUGUGAUAUGCCUGUAAUGGAAUUAAAUAAAUGUGCUCCAUUAUUUUUAAUUAAUCAUUCCUGAUUAAUUAAAUGCUCUGCAGCUUCCACUCGUCUUGUAUCUUAUGUGGCCAAUGUCACCACAAUGGGCUUUUGUUUCCGGCUUGAGUUUAACAUAUAAGAUUAUAGUGUGUCUGACAUCACCUUAAGGCUAAAACAUACAGGAUGUGUAUUUGGAGCGUGGCAGCAGUGGCGCGUAUGACGCAGCAAAUAGGUUGCCAUUCUAAUCAAUGCAGCAAAGCGUACAGGACGCGUAUCAGCAGCACUGCUAAAGAUACGCAACAAGUCUGUUUUUGCUGCUCUAUGCUUCCAAUGCGUAUCAAUCAUAGACUGUAUAUACUAUGGACAACUUGGUUCCGCCUACCGCCUGUAUACGGAUUUGAAGCCAAAAAGCCCUCGAUAUUUCCAGGAUUUUUCUUCAUUUCCUGAAACCAGCGCUGCCCAGUAGCGAUGCGCACAUUCGGUCGUGCAGUCGCCGAGAGUCGCUGUGAUGAUUUCAGGCUUUAUGUCUGCUAAGACUUAUUUGACGCUAAGCUAAGCUAGGCUAACAUUUUGCUCAAUACUGUUCCAUAUCUACUGCACAGACAACCUCUUGUUUUAACUGUCAUUAUUUCUUAAAUUAACCUUUCACACUGAACAAUAAUGUUUUUUUCUCCAUAGGAAAUGCUGACCUUUGACCCCUUUAAAAGAAUAUCUGCCCUGAAUGCCCUAGAACACCCAUAUUUCAAGGAGGAGGAGAAAUUGACUCAAACAAAAAGCUGAAAAGGUGCAGUGAAACAUUCAACAAGAGGUAACAAUGCCAGAGUUUGGACCGGGCCUAACCAUAAAGGAUUUAAGUUUCAUUCAACGCCUUUCAAGACAACAGGGUUGAGCUUUGGGAUAUUUUUGUCACCCCUGCAUUAAAAAAAAUGGAUUUAAGCCCGAGAAAUGGAAUUAAAAAAAAAAAAUGAAGUGGAUGGAACUUAAGGAUCACCAACAUGCUUCCCAACGUGUAAAAAGUCCAGAUUAAUGGUGUUAACAUGUCACGUCUCUGAGGACAGUACCAGUGUUUUUGAUGAUGGGUUUCUGCUGGAGUCUUGUCAGCAGGGACUGAUGCACAGAAAAGCCUGUCAUCUCCUCUGAAAUGUUGUUCUUGUUGUUUUUGUAGAGAGUUCAGACGGAAGCAGAGAUGUCAUCUUUCCUUUUGAGAGGCUGAAAAAAGUCAGACAGAUGACACCUCGGGGUUAGGAGAACCAGCUGUUAGAGAUCAUGCUGUAUUUGUGUUCAACAUCACAAGCCUUUGAUGGGGAAAUUAGCUGUACCACAAUCAUCUGAGAACAAUAGUCUGGAUAGUAAAGAGAAAAAUGCACUAGUAGACUUGUUUGUCAAAAAUACUGCCAUUGCCCUUUUGUCUCAUUAAGUGUUAGAAAUUUUGUCCUCUUGGGGACAAAAGAUUUUGCGUUUAACAUUUUUGCUUGGAUCACCUCUAAUCAACCAGCACUGCAACAACAAGUGAAUAAAACCAAUUUUAAUCACA